AUGACCGAACAUGGCCAAGUCAACGAAAAGAACGAGAUAGAUCAAAGCCAUACUCACUCGUCAGAUGAAGAAUCAGUUGGCUAUGAACCUGACCUUUCCCGCUUGCCCACCAAUACCAGUGUCUUGGAACGUACACUAUCGGUGGUGCGCACUCGGGAAUCUGGCAAAGAUCUCGGCCCGCCUCCGGAUGGUGGAUUUCAGGCUUGGUCGCAGGUUGCCCUCGCACACUUUGUCAUCUUCAACACAUGGGGUUACAUCAAUAGUUUCGGUGUCUUCCAGACAUACUACUCCCAGACACUAGGACAUCCACCCUCGGAUAUCUCUUGGGUCGGGAGUAUCCAGAUCUUUUUGUUGUUUUUUAUUGGCACUUUCUCCGGCAGAGCCACCGAUGCUGGCUAUUUCACAUUUACCCUGGCCUGUGGUGCCAUCCUGGAAUGUUUUAGUAUCUUCAUGACUUCACUCUGCACAAAGUACUGGCAGCUAUUCCUGGCACAGGGGGUUGGCCAGGGAAUUGGGUGUGGACUCAUGUUCUGCCCAACCUUGGCUUUGGUCUCGACUUAUUUCGCCAAGAACCGUGGCAUCGCCAUUGGGAUCGUUGCGUCGGGUUCUGCGACGGGAGGUCUGGUUUUCCCGGCCGUUAUCAUGAAGUUGUUGCCCCAGGUCGGAUAUGGGUGGACAAUCCGGACGCUGGGCUUUAUCUCGAUAGCCACGCUGACUCCCUGUGUGCUGUUCCUCAAGCAGCGUCUUCCUCCGCGCAAGAGUGGUCCAAUUGUCGAGUGGGCUGCCUUCACCGAGCUACCCUAUGUGCUGUUUGCGAUUGGCAUGUUCAUGAACUUCUGGGGCCUGUAUGUUGGAUUUUUCUACAUUGGCAGUUUCAGUCGUAACAUCAUCGGCGUGUCAAGCGAUCGAUCCAUCGCUUUACUCCUGGUCAUGAAUGGAGUCGGAUUGGUGGGGCGGUUGGUCCCCAAUCUACUUGCCGACCAAUUCACCGGUCCUCUCAACCUAUUGAUCCCGUUCAGUUUCGCGACAGCCUUGGUUGGAUACUGUUGGACGGCCGUCAAUGGUAUGCCCGGGCUCUGGACAUUUGCCGCGUGUUAUGGCCUCUUUGCUGCGGGUAUUCAAUCAUUGUUCCCAGCAACCCUUAGCACCCUCACUACUGAUAUGAAGAAGAUCGGUGUACGCAUGGGCAUGGUGCUCAGUGUGGUGGCAGUGGCGGCCCUUAUAGGGUCUCCUAUUGCUGGUGAGCUAGUUGUUCGUGAUGAUGGCAACUACCUGUAUGCCCAAAUGUUCAUGGGAUCUGCAAUCUUCGUUGGUGGAUUGACGUUGAUUGGAGCUCGAGUGGCCAAGGUUGGAACUGGUCUAACUCGUGUUUGA